GCGUUGCCUACCAGAAUUGCCUUGUUUGUUCACCGGACAUAUUCAGAGAAUUCAGUGCGUUCUUUUCACACCGGAGCUCUCUGUGAGUUCAAUACGUCGACUAGCGUCGCCUUUGCAAGGACGAGGGGACUAGUGAUAUACAUUAUACAUACACUGUAUAUCUAAAAGCUCAUAAGACAAUUCUUAAUAAGGCAAUCAGCAUGCUUCAAUUAACCGAUAGAUUCCUGCUCUGCGCUUUUCUUGCUACCUUAAUUUCUCCAAUUGUAGCCGACUAUGUAAUUGAUGUGAAGUUUAUCAAGUUUGAAAAUUACAACCGUUUACUGGCUAAUGGACGCAAAUGUUCCAAUUUCGGAAGUCAACAAUGUCAAACGACUCUUCAUGUUUGUGCUAGACCUGAUGAUACUUCGACAUUGUGUCGUUAUGGUGAGACUAAAACAGGAGUUAUCGGUGAUAAUGUCAUUGAUCUAAAUAAGGUAUUUAUCGGUACAGCACGUAAUCCGAUCACGUACCUGAUUAGACAGCCGUUUCAGAAAUUCGUUGUUUCGUUUACUGCAAAAAGCAACAACGAAUUGAUAGCCGAUUACGUUUACCAAAGUGGUAGUCAUUUGCCUCAGAGAAGCGUCGAUGAAGCCAGGUAUGAACUGAUAACAACCCGUGGUAGUCAGAACCCUACUAGUCAACUGACAUACCAAAUUCGAAGUUAUUGCAGCCAAGGCUAUUAUGGUCCGAACUGUGCCAUCAGGUGUGAUAUUCCCACCAGCGAGCAAACGAGGUUUCAGUGUGAUGCUAACGGUCAAAAAGUCUGCAAGCCUGGUUUCUCUGGUCCAUUGUGUAAUAUUAAUGCUGAUCUAUGUCGCAGCUCUCCUUGUAAAAAUGAUGCGACCUGUGUCCCAAUGGGCUCUACGUUUAGAUGCAUCUGUAAACAGGGAUACACAGGACAAUAUUGUAAUAAAGGUAUUUACUUUUUUUCUUAUAACUUGUAAACUUUAUUUGUAGGA